AUGUUACACGCACUACUUUGUCUUGAUCAAUCCUUUACUAAUUGGUACCCUGACCAACCCUCCCAAUGCUUAUUUGACGAACAGAUGGCUCAGACACAGCAGUUUGCAGGAUCAACUCCUGUCCAUGUUCUGCCAGAUGGCAAUUUCGCACCACCAGUCUUCAUGCCCGGCAACCCAAGUCAACAGUCCAUGCUCGAAGCCGUCGACAAACUCAAAUACUUCCUCGCCACUGCUCCCACUUCAUUCGACACGUCUCCCUACGAUCAACAGGAUCCGGUGGCCAGAGAGGAAAGAUGCCUCAAUAGAUUUCAACUCCCGACUGGGGAGCUAAUUUCGUGUGUGUACUGGAACGGCUUGUAUCACGUCUCUGGUACCGAUAUCGUUCGUGCACUCCACUUCAGGUUUGCAGCCUUUGGCAGACCAGUACGAAAUGCCAAGAAAUUCGAAGAAGGAAUCUUCAGUGAUCUUAGGAAUUUGAAAAGUGGCUCGGACGCCACUCUCGAAGAGCCCAAAUCCGAUUUUCUAGAGCUACUAUUCAAGUACAACUGCAUAAGAACGCAGAAAAAACAAAAAGUAUUCUACUGGUUCAGCGUUCCCCACGACCGCCUCUUCCUCGAUGCCCUUGACCGGGAUCUGAAGCGGGAGAAGCUAGGUGUGGAGCCAACCACCGAAGCCGUAGCCGAACCAGCUUUGAGCUUUGUCUAUAACCCUAACAAGAGUCUCUUUGAGCAAUUCACUGAGCAAAAGGCCCUGGAGGAAGGAGAUGGCACUGCCCCCGCCGAGUCGGACAACCAAGCAGAAGAGGAUGAUGGUCAGCAUCCACCUCCCGUGGUGGUGACAGAAGCGGGCGGAACAUGUGAGCCCGGAGAAGGUCUUUAUCGCUCAAAACGACGGCCUUCCCAAAUCUCCACUACGGCAGGGAUCAAUGGCACGAACGAACACGGCACGGCUGUCCAAGAGGCCGACGGUUCGCAGGUCUUACUGGUUCCCUCUAACAACAUGGCCUACCGGUCAACCAGUGGACUCAGUAGCAUAGCCUCUGCAGAUGAAUAUUCCCGUACUUCGUCCCCUCCUAGUCCUGCACACACCACCUCCUCAGGAAAGCUCGUCCAAACCUUCGCAGAAUCCCACGCCAACUCCAUCCUUGGUAACUUCAGUCUCUUCGUAGGUUCUCCUACAUACAAACAAAGGCGAAAGCCUGGACAGAAGCGACCACUCAAGAAACAUGAGAGUUCCCCCGGCGUCGGCUCCCAUUCUGCUUCCCCAAUGCCUGGAAGCGAGUAUGAGGACCACUAUCAUUCACGUCCCUCUUCCUCUUCCGGAUUGGCUCCCUCUUCUCUGUCGAAUCAGGCUCUGCCCGGCCAUCCAUACAACACCCGUGACCGACAUAUGCGUCCUUCACCCAUGUCGCCUCACCCACCUCUAUCUGCGAUAUCCAACAGUGAUGAAUUCUCAGUAGUGAACCCUCUUGACGGCUCUGUGUUGGAGCACAACUCUUCACAAAAUGAGCAGGGUGCUUAUGGUGCAUCCAGAGUAUACGUUUGUCCCUUGUUCUCUUGUGGUCGUCUAUUCAAGAGACUAGAGCACCUGAAACGACACACGCGGAUCCACACCAGCGAGAAACCGUAUCCAUGCACACACUGUGGCAAGCGUUUCGCAAGGAGUGACAACUUAGCGGCACACCUCAAAAUACACGAAAAACUCGCUGCAAGAGCUGGAUCAACAAGCUCAUCGGAUCAACGUGCCUUGGAGGCGGAAGAAGAACUCGAUGAGCGAAUGUCCAGUUUUCUGGAAAGCAUGGAAAAUGUUGAAGACUCGGAACAUCCUGGUUCCAUCUCUCCUCCCAAUGGCCAUCUUCACACCCCCCAUUUUGUUGGGCCAGCCAAUCACAGCCAACCGGGUUACUACACGUUUCACCAGGGCUUACCUACCCCACCCAACGGAUACCCUGACCAAGCGAGUUGCUGGCCGCAAUAUCAGGGCUACCCGUCUGGGGGCGCUGUACUUACCCCAGACCAGUCUCCAGACCCACCCAACGUUUAUGGAAUGUUGCAACAUGGCCCUCGACCUCACUCGAUGGAGAGCAACUAUAGUUAUGGCCCCGACAACCGACGCUUCCGGUCGGCAACCCCAGGAGACAUUCGAGGGAUGGAUAAUUACACACGGCAUUCUAGCGCUGGUCCCCGCAUCCUCAGAGACGGAUCCGGAGGUCCACAUUACAACCCCGCGCCAGCCUCUCCAACACUGCCCCAGUUUCAAGCGCAGCUCAACAUGGUCAACUCGCUUCAUGCCGAAAUCGAGUCAGAUGGUAUCAUGCGACAACCUUAUAUGCACGGUUCUUCAGGUGAAGGACACCAGCAAGGUUUCGUCACUCACGAGUCACUUGGGCCGCGAGAGCUUGUCCCAGGAGGAGCACACGCGAUGUACAAUCAGCCACCCGCUUCCUCCAGCUAUUCAUCCGGCACUACCGGUCAUCCUGACUUGACCAACUCAAACCAAUCAAUGCCCCCACCUAGCCAGCCGGCUUCAAGCUACCAACAUUCCGUACCGCCUCCUUCCCAACCGACCGGCCAAGAAUCGACCUUCUCACAACCACUCUAG